AUGGGCAGUGUUUGGCCUCAGACAGUGCCCACCGUGUGCCGUGGGUUCCUGCAGGAGCAGCAGGCUCAGCUGGCAGCUCGAGGCAGGGCAGAUGAUCCAGGCUCACCUGGCAAAGCUGCUGCUCUCACACAGCUCCUCUCUCUGCUCUUCACAGUCGCUGCUUUGACUGCCAAGAUCCGCACGCUCGAGGAGCACCUCCAGAGGCAUCCCAAGGACAAAAGCAACCGCCGGUGCAUGCUGAUGGAUCUGGACCGGCGGAGGAAGAUGCUGGGCUACCUGCGCCGGGUCAACUACAGCACCUUUGAGAAAACCUGCAAACAGCUGGACAUCCAGUACAGCCCCCCACAGCCCUACGCCCGCCGCAUCACCAAGCGCUGGCUGGUCAAGAAGGCUUUGUGCAUCAAGGUGUUCCAAGAGAAGCAGAAGCUGAAAGCAGCAGAGAGACUGAAGCAGAGGAGACAGCGGCAGGCAAGAGCAAGAGCUGCACGGGAACAGCAGGAGCAGCAGGCACAGAAGCAAGCACAGGAGGGAACACCUGUGUAAUGGCAUGGCCAGGCUGACAAUAAACACCCACCCAAAGACCUCAUGCCUCUUCUCUCCUGUGGUGUGGUCUGCACCGUUCUGGGCACCUGGGAAGGGCAGUGAGUGGUUUAAGUGAUUU